AUGCGCCUGCACCCCAUCACCUGCAUCUGCAGCCCCUUCCCACUUGCCUGGGCUGGAGCAUGGGCAGCGCAUGGGAGCCUGUGGGUGAGACUCCUGCGUCUUCCCUGGACGCUGCGCUUACACCGUCGGUACCCACAGCCCUUCUACCUGCUGGGGCUGGAGCACAGGAAGCCUUGGGAGCAGAUCCCUAAGAAGCCAAAGCGGAAGAAAAGGAGACGGCGCAAUGUGAACUGCCUGAAGAACAUGGUGAUCUGGUACGAGGACCACAAGAACCGGUGCCCGUAUGAGCCGCACCUGGCGGAACUGGACCCCACCUUUGGGCUCUACACCACGGCCGUGUGGCAAUGUGAGGCUGGGCACCGCUACUUCCAGGACCUGCACUCGCCCCUCAAGCCCCUCAGCGACUCGGAGAAUGACAGUGAUGACGUUGGUAAUGGCGUGGGACCCAGCAGCUCAGCCUCCUCAGAUGACAGCUCCAGCUCCAGUUCAGAAGAUCCCACAGAGCCGCGCCAGGCCCCAGGGCAGGGCCCAGCAGCCACAGAGGGGGGCACAGGUGCCAGCAGCGGGCUCAUCACACCAGACGGCAUCCACAUCCCAUUUGAGGCGGGCGAGGUGGGUGGUGGGCGGCGGCUGGGUGCCACCGAGGCACUGGAAGCAGUGGUUUGUGUGCCCAUGCCCAUGCAGGUGGGCACGGCACCUGGUGCCCUCUUCGAGGGGGUGGCACGAGACGCAUUGGGCGAGGUGGUGGCUGGCUGCCCUAUGCAGGGCGUGGUGCCCGGCUCCCAGGUCAUCAUCAUUGCUGGCCCUGGCUAUGAUGGGCUGCAGCUCAACGACGGACCCUGUGCCCUCAUUGAGGGUGUCGCCGCCUACACCCAGACGGAGCCGGAGCCGGCACCCCCUGCCCCCAGCCCUCCUGCCCCCAGCCCCGGCCCUGAUCCCAGCAACAUCCACACCAAGAAAGAGAAGGAUGAGCUGUUUGGGCUGAAGAAGGAAGAGCCACUGCCCCCCACAGCCAUAGCGCUGCCCCCUGAGCUGGAGCCGUCCCCUGAGGGCACAGAGCCUGAAGCCAGUGACAUGUCGGCCAUCAUUUAUGAGAUCCCCAAGGAGCCUGAGAAGCGGCGCCGCAGCAAGCGGGGGCGGGUGACCGAUGCUGAUGGCCUGCUGGAGAUGUUUCACUGCCCCUACGAGGGCUGCAGCCAGGUCUAUGUGGCCCUCAGCAGCUUCCAGAACCACGUCAACCUGGUGCACCGGAAAGGCAAGACCAAGGUGUGUCCCCACCCCGGCUGCGGGAAGAAGUUCUACCUGUCCAACCAUCUGCGGCGGCACAUGAUCAUCAACUCAGGUGUCCGUGAAUUCACCUGCGAAACCUGUGGGAAGUCCUUCAAGCGCAAGAACCACCUGGAGGUGCAUCGGCGCACGCACACCGGGGAGACGCCGCUGCAGUGCGAGAUCUGCGGGUACCAGUGCCGGCAGCGUGCCUCCCUCAACUGGCACAUGAAGAAGCACCGGGGCGAGCUGCACUACCCUUUCCCCUGCGAGCUCUGCGGCAAACGCUUUGAGCGCCUCGACAGCGUCAAGUUCCACAAGCUCAAGAGCCACCCUGAGCCCAAGCCUCCCUGACCCCACCCAGCCCCCUCCCACAGCUUAUUUAUUGCCCCCCUCAACCUCCCCACCCGGACUGUGGCCACAUGUGAUGACCCCAAGUCCCCAGCAGCUGAGGGGACGGGGCUGGGGACAGCUACAGCCUUCCCCUCAUAGGACUGCGGCCUCCGGCCUGGGCACAGCCUGGCACCAGCCAGGCCUGGCCCAUUAAAGCAACACUACUUUUA